UAAACCCACCUUAUAUAAUACCGGCAAGAGUCUCGAGACACGCUUAACUCCCGUUUCUUGAUUCGGCACUUCUCAUAAACACAAAAACCUACACAAAAAAUUCAGUGCUCUCCUUACUCGCCGGAAAAAGAGCCGGCGACCACCGACCCAGUACCAGGAAAACCUUGAGAAAGUUGUGAUGGGGUACGCACAGUUAGUCAUUGGUCCUGCAGGAAGUGGGAAGUCAACUUACUGCUCGAGCUUGUAUCGACACUGUGAAACCAUGCGUCGGACAAUAAAUAUCAUAAACCUAGAUCCUGCUGCUGAAAACUUUGACUAUCCUGUUGCUGUGGAUAUCAGGGAACUUAUUAAUUUGGAGGAUGUUAUGGAUGAACUUGGAUUGGGUCCUAAUGGGGGUUUGAUUUACUGCAUGGAGGAACUUGAAGAUAAUCUCGAUGACUGGCUUACUGAAAAGCUAGAUGAUUUUUUGGAUGAUGAUUAUUUGGUUUUUGAUUGUCCUGGGCAAAUUGAACUGUUUUCUCAUGUUCCAGUUCUUAAAAACUUUGUGGAGCACUUGCAGCGUAAGAGCUUCAAUGUUUGUGUAGUUUAUUUGCUCGACUCACAGUUCAUGACAGAUGUUACCAAAUUUAUCAGUGGCUGCUUGUCAUCUCUGUCUGCAAUGAUCCAGCUUGAAUUGCCCCACGUUAAUAUCAUGUCAAAAAUGGACCUCGUGAAGAACAAGAAAGACCUUGACGAUUUCUUGAGCCCCGAGCCACAGAUGUUACUGUCACAAUUAAAUCGUCGCAUGGCUCCACAGUUUGAGAAGUUGAACAAAGCCUUGAUUGAUCUGGUAGAUGAAUACAGCAUGGUGAGUUUCAUACCUCUUGACUUGAGGAAAGAGAACAGCAUUCAAUAUGUGUUGUCGCAGAUUGACAUGAGCAUCCAGUAUGGAGAAGAUGCAGAUGUGAAGGUUAAAGAUUUCGAUAUCGAUGCAGAUGAUGAUGAAUAGCUGCAGCUCUUUCUGAGCAUCUGAUUAGCACAACAAAAUUAGCGUAGUUUCAAAACUUGGCUUAUUGUAAACCGCCUUCCUCAUCCUUUCUAUUUUUUGUUCUUAUGGAUCUCUUGGUGAGUGGCGAGUAACGUAAAAGUCAUGUUUAUUGGAACUAUUGAGACUUUGAAGUACAUUGUUUGUUUCAAUGCUAAUUUAGUUGCAAAACAUAAUACAGUACUUAUAUAUGUGAAGUUUCCUUUUCAAAA